GGUCGAGGAUGGACAAAUUCUUCACUGUUGUGACUGGGAAUACUCUGGGGUCUCAUGAGGAAUUAAUUAAUCGUCUCACUGCCAAAAUGAACUUAACUAAAGUGACAUCACUAGAGGAGAGUGAUGUCAUCUUGGCUUUCUGUUCCAUUGUCUCUUGGUCUGGGACUGAUAUUGAAGCAGCACUGAAGCAGAUUCCAGGUAAUCAUUAUCCAUGAAGAACUUUUUCAAAACAUUAAUGUAUGUUUUACGUGAUUAUUGUUAUUUUUAUCCCCUCUCUCGACAGCUGGUAAACCUGUCAUUCUGGUAGUGCUGCAUCACACCUUCAACUCAGACUACACUGUACCUGACAGUAGCAGACUAGUGACCAGAGGUGAUGUAAUACUCACAGUGGACUGUCUGUUCCAUGAGAGCAAAGGACUACUGGAGUGUCCACGCAAUGAAGCAGCAGUCAAAGACAUUUUGAAGAAGCUUGACAUACAUCCU